AGAAUUCAUUAGAAUUAAUCAAAAUAAUGAUAAUUUACAAUAAAAUCAUAGCCCACACGACAGGCAUCUAUUCGAGUAUAACGUUGAAUGUGAAGUUCAUAUUCAUUACGAUUAUACUCUCGAUUCCGUGGAUUACUUUCGUUUUAUACCAACAGAAUCAUCAUGAAUUUAAGAGCUCCCAGAGCUUAGGCUUUCUGUUUAGGCUUAAUGAAGGCACUGGAGUCUCGACUAUGUGUUGGAAUUACAUGCAAUCGAUGCCAACACUAUUGGGUUCGUGUCUGACAUCUAAUGCAAUACUACACUCAUCCGAUGGACACAAGAAAGAAAUAAAAUUUUGCGAAAUCAAGUCCGACGACGAAGAAUGCAAUAAAAUCACUGAAAUAGAGCUCAUCUGA